AUGUUGACCGAUUGUCCAGUGAAUCCUCUGAACUCUGGCAUUCCCUUUGGAGUUACACACAAUUCCCAUAGAAAGCAGGUCUUAAGCCUCCGGUCAGGGGGCCCUAAGAGGAGAACCCAAAGCUGCUUCUUUGGGGUGGAGACUUGGGCUGAGCUGGUCUGGGAAGGCUGGGAGCCAGGGUUAGAGUACACCAAACCUCUGUUUCUUAAAAGCAUACGUGAAAAACUGCUGAAACUCAGCUUCAGACCACCUGUGUCCAAGUUCUUCAGCACACCAUUUCCUCAGACAAUUCUUCUGAGCCCAGGAACAUCUUUUUCUCUCCCGGUCACUUUUCAGCCCCUUGAGAAAUGUGAGCAUGUGGACACUAUAGAGUUUCAGAGUAAGGAAGGCACAUUCCAGGUGUCUCUGCGUGCGGUGAUUCCACACCAUGCCCUGGAUGUACCAGACACUGUGAUGCUGCCACCCUGUGCUGUCCAACACAGCUCCCAAACCAGCUUCAUCUUUCGUAACACCAGUAAGCUGCAGACAGGAUUUAGAUGGUCUGUGGAUCCUCCGUUCCAGCUGUCCCCAGAGACUGGACAGUUAAAGGCUGAAGAAGAGUGCAAGAUAACAGUGGAGUUUAAACCAUUGGAGGCUCUGGUGUACCAGGCUGAGGCCUGCUGUGCUUUCGGUGAUGAUGGCGAGAGCAGCUGUACUCUACUUCUGCGUGGACUGUCCAAGUACCCCCACAUUCAGAUCAUCUGCACUGAGCAGGAGGAAGGCUGUAAGCUGCUUAAUUUCGGUAGUGUAGAAGUAGGAGACUCUUUUGAAAAGCACUUUGAGAUCUACAACCCCUCCACUGUUACAACAACUUUCAUUCUAUCUUGGUUGAGACGACCUGCUCUUAUGGAGUCAGUGUUUCGCUGUGAGGUGCAUGAGGGGCAGAUCGCUCCACAUUCAGUGUUAAAAGUCCCUGUCUGCUUUUCCCCACUUACGGUGGACAGCAUAAGUAUGGACUACCUCUGUCUUACCUGUCCUGGGGCUGUAAGCAAAGACCUGCUCAAAGUGUCGGGUUCCUGCAUAGGACCAAUAGUAUCUUUCAGUACCUCUGUGCUGGACUUUGGCUGUGUUGAAGAGGGCACAGAGGUCACACAGGGGGUACAGAUCAUCAAUUCCUCUGCAGUAUUGGCUUAUUACCAGUUUGACGUGGAUACUGGCAGCCAUAGUGUGUUCAGUGUUGACAAGCCCUGUGGCACUGUGCCAGGCAGUAGCAAACUCACCUUGCGUGUGAAGUUCCGACCACACUACCCUAUUGCUCAUCACAAGACAAUGACAUGUUUGCUGCUGCAUAGGGAGCCACUGUUUCUGGAUUUGAUUGGCAGCUGUCACUCAGAGCAGUUGAAGCCAGCCAUUUUAAAUGCCAGACAUCUGGAUGUGUACAGAUUAAAUCUGUUACGAGGACUCACCUAUUACCCUCCUGACUUACUGAGUGCCAUGUUGGAAGAACACAAAUUGAAACUGGAUGAUAGCGGAGCAUUGCUAAUGCAGGAGGUGGGUGUGUACUUGUCUUCCUGUACUGGGGACUCCACAACCAUCUUCAGCCUACGGGGUCCUCUGGAGGAGUAUUUUCACACUAAUUCAGCACCUGAAGCAGAAACAGAUCUUGACAACACCUUAAACCCCUCCAGGUUCCCUGCUCCACAUGUUACAGUUCAGCCUUCUGAGCUCCUUUUUUAUGAUGGCCCAGCAUCUAAGUCAGUUUCCAUCACCAACCAAACCAAGGGCAAGCUCUGCCUGAAGUGGUCUCCUGGAGCCAACUCUCCUUUCUCCGUCUCUCCUCUGUCCUUUGAUCUUAGCCCUCUAAAGACCACAGCCUUCAGAGUGACAUACAGUCCCAAGCAAAAAAACAGCUUCCAUGCAGCACAACUUGAGUGCUUUGCUUUUUACAAGAUUCUCAGGGACCAUAGACACAUGGAUGGUCGGACUUUGUGCCCUCCCUGGUGCCUUACGGUCAGGGUAAGCGGUCACUCCUUUCAGCCUGGAAAAGAGCACUUCAUCCCCAACUUCUCUCUUCAACACCCUCAAGUAGUAUUCCCUGCAUUAAAACAGGUAUCCUACCGCAGUAUUCUCCUGCAGAACACAGGGGAUCUGCCCUUGAUCUUCAGCCUGGACCCAGAGGAGUGUCCCUCCUCAUGUGUGCUGCCACCCAGUGGCCUGGUGCCUCCUGGCAGCCACCAAAUCCUCACAUUCAGAUCCACUCCAUCUGAGGAUCACCCUUCCAGUAUGCCUUUGACAUUACAGAUGAAUGCCAGCCCCAAACACACACAGGUGCUGAAUGUGGUCGCUGUAGCAGAGAAGCUUUCCAUAUGUUUGGAGGGGGGUGGAAGUCUCUUCUUUAAGCCCACAGCAGUGGGCUCUUGCUCUGAGCGAACCAUGUGGGUGAAGAACCUGAGCAGGGUACCAGUGGAGUUCCAGUGGAGGCUGUGCGGAUCUGACCGAAGGGUUCUCACUGUACUGCCAGACACAGACAUACUCCAGCCCAAUGAAUCCAAGGUACAGAAGUGGUCUUUCGCCCCAGUUGAGGAGAUGAUGUACAACAUGAAGCCCAGUCUCACUUUCUGGCCUGUCCAAACACCACAAUGCAAGAAGUCUCGCCUUACCAUUAAAGCUGUCGGACUGGCAUCCAAAGGCUAUCUCCAAGCAGAUCAGCCUAUUAUAGAUCUGGGUGAGGUGCUCGUUGGAAGCUGUAAAUCAUUUGGUGUUUCUCUACUGAAUGACAGCUCCUGUGCUGUCAGCUACUCUCUGACUGCACAGCAGAGUGUUACUGUUACAGGCCUCCCUGAUGUCCUGACUCAAGAUCCUUUGGUUCUGGAGAUGGAGAAUGUAAAGGGAACCAUACCUGCUCACUGCAGACUGCUGAUCCACUGCACAGUAAAACUGACUCGCAGAGCCCAUUACUGCUGGACCAUCAGUUACCACAUCCUUAGUGCUACUGGUAGUAUACAAAAAUGACCCCAGUUGGUGUGCCAGGUGCAGGCAGAGGGAGUGUACCCCACCCUGGAGGUGAUAGAUGUCCGUAGCUGUGGCAGUGUGGAGGGGCUGAGUAAACUGCAGCUCUGGCACCUCUUCAGUUUGGAUGCACUCAAUGCUCACCUACGCAGAGAUCCCAGUCCAUCUGAGCUCACCUUCAGGGUGCCCACUAAACACAGUCUUCGACAUUGCCCAUCCAUCUUCACCUCAACCGUGUUGGAUUUUAACUUCAAUGCUGCUCCUAUAGACUCAAACCCCUCCAGUAUUCUGCUCAUGUUUAAGAACACAGGAAGUAUUCCUGUAGAGUGGUCAUUCUUGUUCCCAGAGGACCAGCAGAUUGAGCUGGAGUACUGGGCUGAGAAUGGAGAUUUCAGCCCCUCUGAGCUCCAGCUGAUGAAGAUUCAAGACCACAGGCUUUUCUCUGUCUCCCCACGCUCUGGAAAACUCCGGCCAGGUCAACAGAGGACAGUGCAUUUCUCAUACAGACAUGGCUUUGUAGGGACAAAUCGUCUUCCUGUCCUGUUGAAACUUUCACAUGGAAGAGAGAUAUUGCUCAAUUUUUCUGGAGUAACUGUGGAAAGAGAUAGACACUACAUUCACCUUUCCUCCAACAGGCACAUCUUUGCCCCUGUGGAAAUCGGAGGGUUCAGUCCCCCGAAACAGGUCUAUGAGCUGUAUAACGCAGGUUCUCUUUCACUGAGGUACCACAUCGACACCAAUCCACUGGAGCAGCUGAUGGAGGAGAAUUUCAGUCACCCAGUCUUACAGUGUCUGAACCCUGAUGGAGAGGUCGAGCCAGGCCACACAGCCUUGACUGAAUGGAUCUUCUCCCCACUUGAAGCUAAAUCAUACAGUGUAGAUAUUCCUAUUCAUGUGGUGGAGGGGGACAGCAUGUUUGUUACAUUCGAGGGCCAUGGCAUUGAUGAAAGAGAGUCAGAAGCCAUUCAGGUACAUGCUGGACGUAUUACUGUGCCUUGCACUCAAAGAAUCCCAGUACCUGGACAGGUGGUGUUCCUGUCAGAAGAGAGAGUGUGUUUUGGUGAUAUCCCAGUUUGCUCUCGUAGUACACGGAUCCUUUUUUUGACCAAUGUCUCCCAUACGGACCACGUCUUGUAUAAAUGGAAUGUAACAAGCACAGACUGCCAGCAGGCGGUAAAGAUUUGUCCUGAGAGUGGUCAUCUAGCACCAGGGGAAAGUGUUCUCUGCAUUCUAACAGUACAAGCUUCAGGCAGCCCCAUUUUCUACCAACAAGACCUCAUCUGUGAGAUAACUCUUGAGGAAAUGCUAUCACAGUAUCGAAAAGACCUUCAACAGUGGGAGGGCGAGACAGAGAGACAGAAACAUGAAUUUACUAUCACUGAGAAAGACCUGAUGCAGACAAACCAAAUUGAUAAAUGCAAUCAGGAAGGUGCAGUGUUUGAAAAGAAAACUGGCACAAGAAAAUAUAAGACUCUUCCGCCCAUCCGGAGCAGUGAUCAAGCGGUUUCUAGUUACUACGUGAGACCCAGUCGGGCAGAGAGGCGAGCCCAGCAGCAAACAGGCCAGGAAAAGAGAAGACGUCCUGAGCCUCCCCAUCCUGCAUUACUCCACUUGGGUGUCACUGCACGCUCUCACACCCUAAUGGAGUACCAGACACAUUUCCCCACUCAGUUCAACACCCAUUAUGUCUACAGAUCUAGGCAGCCCAAGCUUUCCCAGACUGGCAUAGGUGAAAUAUCCCAUUGCCCUGGAGACCUGCCCCCUCUCACCCUUGGUCCUGAGAGAGACAUAAUUACACAUGUGCUCACAGAUAUACUAUGGAGUCUUUUAGAUGAGCCUCAGUUCAAGCAGUGUCUAAUAGAGGGCGACACUGAGCAGGUGCCAUACUUCUCACAGCUGCGGCCUGCCCACGCUCCCCCCACACAAACAGUACCCCCCUCUGCUGUGGGGAACCAGAACCCUGGAGAAAUGUCCAGUGUUUCCACUGCUGUUCAAGCAGAGCCUUACACAGAAAGCGCCAGCACUUCAGACACACAGAAGAAGAGUGAAUGUGAUUCUCAUUCAAAUUCUCUGCAGGAGCUUCAACGGGAGCUCAAGAUGAAGGUGCAGGAGUCCAUUCGCAGGUUGCCUGAGUUUUGUGAUCUGGUGGAGGAUAUUUUGCUCAACACCUUGCAGAACCUAAUGAUGGAGGCUUUCUUGGGUGAGCUGGUGCUGACGGCACGGCCACGAAUCAUUGCUCUUCCACCUUCCUCUUCCAGGAGAAACAGCCUUGGCUCCAACAGACAGUCCAGUGCCGAAUCUAAAAGAAGAAGAGGCGUCCCCAAUUGACCAGUCCAAGCCAAUACAUGCCUUCCUAUACUGUCAAACCAGGAGCCACAGCAGCAAUGAACCACUCUAUUACAGUAAUUUAACCUUCAGUAUCAAUUUAUGACAUAUAUGACAAUGAUUUGAAAUAAACUGGA